UAUUAAACAGACAUCAGAAACCUAAAUGCGCGAUCUGCGCCCGAACUGUCGUUCUUCCCCCGGUGGUACACCCCGCUCAGUUCGUUAUAUGCACCGUUUGCGAAGGCAGAAUGCUCUCUAUGAAUGCUGCAUACAGCUCGGCGAAGUCUUCAGUGCGUCUGCCCUCUUCAAAACCCAGCCAAUCUGCCAGCCUCCCUCUGAGCCAACCGCAUACUGCCAGUCAGCUACGCGGUCAGCCUCACGCUCGGCUCGUCGAAUUAAAGGUUUCUUCUAGGCACGAAGGCGGCCAGGGUGAUCUGCCGCUGACGAUCAAGCUACCGAAGCUGUACGGAGCUGCGACCAAGCCAAAGGAGCCAGCUGCAUCAAGACCAGUCGCGGGCACAGCGAUGGCAGGUAGAGAGGCUCGGAAAAGCGCAAAACACAACAACAAAGGCAGGGAGCGAAGCCAAAGCGGUGUCGCCGAAGUCGUGCCGAAGCACAAAGCAAACGUAAAGAUCCAAAGCGCGAGUAAACCUCACCCGACGGUAUUCACUAGGCCGCUGUCGAUGUUCGACAUGCGCAGUUUUCCGUCAGCUCUGCUUCUGCGAUGGGGGGAGACCGAGAAAGCUAUCGAGGCUCUCAGCAAGACACCGCACUUCAACGAUCGCGGCGAAUACAUCGUUCCACCUACACCUUCGCCUUUCAAGAUAUCCAAAGAUGCAGUCUCACCUCACAGUAAUUAUUCACCGUUGUCCUCUAACGCUAUCGAGCCAUCAUCGCCCGAAGAAGUGCCUCUUUCCUUGCGGAGACAGCUAAUGAAGGCACGGGCGAAUGUGAACAUGCUGCCAACGCCAUUUACAUUCCAGCCUCUACCACAUCGUUCUGUUACUUCCACCUCGAUUGCUGGUGUCUCACCUCCUUUUAUUGCGGCUGAUAUUUUUCCCGAAUCUUCCAACGUCGCUAACCAUGGCGCACUUGAGCGGCCCCGACUCACUCUCCGUCUUCCCUCACGAUCACCCCCCAACGACCCCCAGGUGGCGCCCGCACCCCCCGCGGCACAUGCGGCGACGGCUUUUUCGCCGGCUACUACGGUCUUACGCUCAUGUCGUCGUCAGGAUUGCACUGUUGUGCUCGACCCCAGCCAUCCCUGGGUCUUUUGCACGAAAUGCCUUAGCAACAAGGAACCAAAGACAUUAUCUCCAUCCGAGCCUCUGAGGUGGACUCCUGUGGUUGAGACGAAGGACGUAAGCAGGCGCCAGUCUGAGCCUCACGUCUGGGAAGUGCAAGGCUGGACUGGCAAGACGGGAGACAGGAGCAGGCGCGCGAGCGAGCCGUCAGCUGUGCCUGCCAUGGGCCAGCGAGACGGCAAGCGGGAGAAGACCAAAACGUCGGGGCAGUCUGUAUUGCCGACGCCACCGCCGUCGUCGCGCCAAAGCUCACCGGUUACCGCGACUCGCGUUUCCCCUAACUUGUCUUCGCCUCGUGCUACGUUGCCUGAUAUUGACAAAGCAUCCAUUCCACUGUCCCCACUCUCGCCAUCCUCGUCACCGGAGCUGCCUCUUGCUUCAAUAUCAUUGUUAACUCCUCCGACGCCUCAUGCUCCACAUUAUUCUCGCAAAGAAGAUAACGAGAACUUAUGGGAAAGCGAUCUUUCAGAGCUGACACCACUCGAGUCAUCCGACGAUAAUUCUAAUGAUUCCGACGCGGAGCCUACACAGGUCAUGCGUGGGCGGAGCGCUGCCGAGAAAGGUGGUUCGUACCUGCCAGGGCCGAAGGGCUUCGUCUGUGUGCGGAGCAAGUGCCACAACCUACUCGCAGCCUGUUCGAAGUGGAAGAUGUGCCAUACCUGCCGGCUGCGCCUUCGGGACCGGUCGCGCGAGCGGCGCCAAGGGAGCCCCGUUUUCGCGCACGGAGACGAUGCCAACGUCGGAGUUGACCUCGAGAGGGUGUGUGCAAUCCGGACAUGCAAGGCACUGCUCCCACCUGAAGCGCUAUACCGCUGGAAGAUGUGUGAAGCGUGCCGUACGCGCACGCGGAGGCAGAGCAGGAAGCGGAGGUACGGCGAGGUCGGGCUGGCGUCGGACGAGGAUGAUGAGGAUCUGGAGCUGCCUGCGCGGCCUGAGCAUCAGAAGAACAAGGUGCCAUUCAAGAGACUUAAACUAACAUUCAAGGGCGCGACCAUUGCAAGCGUCGAGGCGCAGAGGUGUGCGAGGGUUGCAACCAGCGUUGUAAGCGCCUUUCCUC